GUUUCCUGCCCACGUGAGAUUCGCUCCCUUCGCCGCUUCCGGGCUUCCGUAGGGCGCCGGCUGCCCCGCCCCCCGCUGACCGUGCGAACGCCGCGUAAACAAACGGCCGGGAGCCGGGCGAGCAGCGACAAGUACGCAGAAGAGGGGAGCAACUGAUUCUGUGACUGGUUUUUAUUCAUAAACAUCUGAUGUUACAUUCAAAACAUCCAUUGGGAAAUACCCCCACAAUUUUAUUGAAAACAGCUUUGGGAAAUACCCAAUAGCUUUUAGUGACACAUCACAAAAGUGAAAGUUGAAUCAUUCCAGGAACAUUAAUGUCGGUCGAUGGAGAGCACUGUCCUAAUAUACAAGAUCGGAAAGUGAAGCUAUCUACAAGCAAAAGAGAAACUGAUCAAUCUAUUUUUACAACCCAGUCUUAGAGGAAUGAAUGUAUAAAUGCCAACAUUUAAAAAAACUUUCCAUAAUGGCACAAAAUAAAUACCUUGCAGCAAAACUUAAAAACUGUUUAAGAGAAGACAAAAUUCAGCUUUGGAAACCUCCAUACACAAAUGAAAAUAAAGAAGCUGGUCUGGAGUUGAAGGAGCUUGCACAGAAAUAUUCAGCCAAGGUGAAUCUCAGUGAAAAUGAAACUGAGUGCAUUCUUGAAGAAAUAAGAUGUGAAGCAAUUGAGCGUGGAACAGGAAAUGAAGCUUAUAAGACAACAGGGGUUGCAAAACUUGAAGUGGUUUUGCCUUCUAGGAUGAAAAAAACCAGAAAAAACAUGCUGGAGACUAAAUUGAUCAUCACUGGCGAGGAACUGAGAUCCCAGAUUGCACAGAUGUAUGGAUUUCAAGAAAAAUGCAUCAAAAUAAUUAUAAAUAAGAAGCAGCUUGACCUUGGAAAAACACUUGAAGAGCAAGGUAUAACACACAAUGUUAAGGUCAUGGUGCUUGAGCUAAGACAGAGUGAAGAGGAUACCAAAAAAAAAGUUCAGGAAGAAGAAAUGCAACAUGAAGAAGAGACCAUGAAGGAAAAAGAAAGAAAGGAAAGGAUGAAAAGAACUAAGAAAGGUUUAGAAAUACUGGCAACGAGAGAUAAUUAUUUAGAUCCAGAUACCACUCCAUAUCUAGAUAUAGCUAACCAAACUGGAAGAUCUAUCAAGAUUCCUCAGCAAGCCAAAAAAUCCCUUCUAUUAGCUAUGGGUUAUCAUGAAAAAGGCAGAGCAUUCAUGAAGAAAAAAGAAUAUGCUGUAGCACUGCCAUUCUUGCUGGAUGCUGAUAAACACUUCUGUGAUUGUGGUAAUGAACUUCUGAAUACAGUUGAUAAUUAUGCAGUGUUGCAGUUGGAUAUAGUAUGGUGCUACUUCCGUUUAGGACAGCUGGAAUGCCUCGAUGAUGCAGAGAAAAAGCUCGCCACAGCCCACAAAUGCUUCAAGAGGUGUUAUGGGGAAAACCACGAAAGACUUCUCACAAUAAAAGGAAGUUAUGGGAGUGAAAAGGUUUUAUUUCUAAGGCUUUACCUCCUUCAGGGAAUAGGAAACUAUCAUAAUGGCAAAGGAAAAGAGGCUGUUGAACAUCUUAAGAAGGCAAAUGCUUUGUAUCAAGAGCUCUCCAUAGAUCCUGAAAAAAUCAAUCAUUUGUUACUCCUGGGAUUCUCUGCUCAGGAAGCUCGUCUUGGUCUACGAGCUUAUUAUGGGAACCUGGAGAAGGCUGCCAGUCUUAUUACAAACAGAAGAGAGGAAAAGGCACAAAUAAGGAGAGAGGAGAGAGCUAAGAGGAGGAGGAGAUUGGACGAUAUAAAUACCUUGAAAACUAUGGGCUAUCCAGAGCAAGCCGCUAAAAAAGCACUUCACCAGGCACAAGGAAACUUGGACAAAGCCUUUAAGAUUCUUCUUGAUGAACCUCAGUUAUUCUUACUAAAUGAUGAUGAUAACUCCGAUCCUAUGGACCCACACCAGUUUCAAGUUCCUAAGGAAAGUGUUGACCAAUUGAUGUACUUGGGUUUUAAUCGUGAGUCAGUGGAGGAAGCUCUGAAAGUCUUUCAGGGCAACAUUCAGUUAGCUGCACAAACACUUGCUCAUUAUGGAGGAGUUCUUCCUGCUGAGUUGCAGCUGUCAACCAAACAGACCACUCCAUCGGAAGAAUCCAUUUCAUCAAAAGAUUCUCCUACAGAGUCUGCAGGUACUUCUAGUUCAUCAACGGAUGAAGACAUGGAAACAGAUGUAGUUAAUGAAAUCUUAGAGGAUAUUCCAGAACACGAGGAAGAUUAUCUGGAUUUAACUCUGGAAGAGGAAGAACUGGUUAUUAAAGAAUACUUAACCUAUAUGCAUGAGGAACAACCCUGAAAUCUCAUUACCCACCAUUCAGUUACAUGAAAUUACUUUGGCUACAUAUCACAUUUUGGACUCUUGAGUUUGGAUUUAGACACCUAUAUCCUCAAGCUUAUCUUUUGCCAAAUGCCUUACAUUCAGUAAAAUUAUAGUUGAAUUAUUUAAUUAUUAAUUAAUUAUAACAGUGCUCAAAAUCUGCUGGGUUUUUUUUUUAUUAUAAUUUGUCAUAAUCAGCAUAAUGAUGAAGCAGAAACAAAUAUUUUUCUGAAAAACACUGUUUAGUAGAGAGUUGAAUAUAUAUUUAUAUGGAUGUGAAAUUAGCCCAUUUAAUUAAUAUAGCAAAUAAAAGCAUUUUACAGCAUUUUGCAUCAUCUGUUUUAAAACAAAAUCUACGUUUGUAAAUCAGAAACCUAGUUAAUACAUUUAUAGAGCUGUCAGUUUACAAAACCAAUUUCCUUCUCUUUGAAGUACUGUUUUCCAAAAAUCACUUACAGAUCAGUUGUGUAUGAACUGAUGAUAUCUUUUCUUGUCUCUGUUCAUGUCAGAUGUUGCAACAGCAACUAAUAAAAAUAAACAUAUGGCACACCUUG